CCUGGCCAACAAAUCCGGGACAAACUCCGCGGACUUCUGGGAGCCGAACCCUGCUGACAAACGACGCCGCUUCUUGAUUUAACAAUAACGCGAUAUCCGGCCCGUUCUGCGCGCAUCUCGAGGGCAGAUGCAUUGAUGACUGAUAAACGCUAGGGCAUCGAACUGCUUUUCUUUCGAGAUUUCUACGUGUACGGUCUGCGGAAUUCGAAUUCGAAUUCGAAUUCAGGUGCAAUAGUUGCCAUUUCGCCCACUGCAGUUGCACACGCGCCGCCAAGCCCGUUUGGACCGUCGACGGCACUACCGAUCGCCCCCAUGGCCCGAAGCCAAGAUGCCGCCAUGGACUCUGCCGUGCAGCCGAGGGAACCCCGAGCCGGACGUCACCCAGGCCUCGGACGGAGGAAGGCCUGCGAUCUGUGUCACCUGAAGAAAAUCAAGUGCGAUGCCGAGCGGCCUACAUGCUCGCAUUGCUCCAUUUACAAGCGCGAAUGCAUGUGGACGCCCGGCCUGCAGCGCAAGCCAAGGAGUACUGUCAGUCCCGCCAUCCGCAACAACGAGGAGCUGGAAUACCGCCUAGCUCUGCUCGAAACAAAACUCGCAGACGCCUCCCGACAACCCCAGCCCCAACCCCCCAACAACAUCAACAGCAAUAACAACAACAACAAUGACCCAAUAACAGCUUCAACACAGGCGUGGGCCGCACAGGCCGACAUGUGUGGCGACAACUCUUUCUUCCCCCGCAUGCCUGAGACGACCGACAUCGACCUGCACUCGAUGGACCUGCCGCAGACGGACAUCGAGCUAGGCGCCACCCUCGACCUACCGCCGCUGGUCGACGUGCUGCCGCUAGUCGACGACUACUUUGCAAACUUCAACCACAUCGUCCCCCUGUUCCUCCGUGCCAAAUUCAUGGAUAUGCUCCACGAGCACUACUCACAGCCGCUGCUGCGCAACGAGACGUCCUGGGCCGUCAUCAACGUCGUGCUGGCCCUGUCCAUCCGUCACCGCGACCCUAACUUGCCGAGCCUCACCGUCGACAGAACUGACGAGAUUCACUUUUUCAACCGCUGUCUCGGCAAUGCCCAGUCGGCCAUGAACACGCUCGUCAUGUGGGACCAGGACCUCAAGGGCAUCCAGGUUGUCCUGGGGCUCGUCAUCCUGUUCCUCGGCACCGCCCACCCCCACCCGUCCUCGGUCCUGAUCGCCACCGCAGUCAAGCUCGUGCACAAGCUGCGCCUUCACACAAAGGUCGGCAAGGAGUACAUGAGCCCCGACGACCUGCUCGAGAGCAACCGCGUCUUCUGGGUCACCUACGUCCUCGACAAGGACGUCACCAUGCGCGCCCGCGAGCCCUACCUACUGCAGGACUACGAUUUUGACUGCGACCUGCCGAGCCUAGCCGCCGACCGCGUCGGCGCCAUACCGACCCUAGGCCAGAUCGACUCUGACGGCGGCGUCGGCAGCAGCAACAGCAGCGUCAACAGCAACAGCGGCAACAUCGCGCCGUCCGGCGCCACGACGUGGUUCAACCUGUUCCGGGGCCGGAUCCAGCUGGCGCAGAUCCAGGGCCAGGUCUACGACUGGGUGUACUCGGUGCGGGCGGAGCGCAUGACGGCCGACGAGCGCCAGGCGUACCGCGACCGGCUCUCGGGCGCGCUACUGGCCUGGAAGCACGCCAUCCCCGACGACCUGCAGCCCGAGCGCCUGUUCCCCGCCGCGCGCGGCGACCACGCCACCCUCCGCCACCUCACCACCAUGCACUUCGCCUACUACCACUGCAUGUUCAUGACGCACCAGGUCGACUCGCACGACCGCAACUGGGUCAAGAAGCUCACCGACUACAGCAGGAUGUACGCCGCCGACGCCCCCGACGGCUUCAACCAGGGGAUUCUCGGCAGCGACAACGACGGGCCCGGCGGCGGCGGCGAGAAGCUCGUCUCGCCAUUGCCCGCGAGCUGGGCGCUCGUAGUGGACUCGGCGCGGCGCUGCAUGGAGCUGUUCCGCCUGCUGGACCAGGCCGACACAGCCGUUAUGUGGGGCGUCAUCUGCACAUAUCUGUCCACGCUGGUCGUGCUGCUCGCCCACAAGGUCACGGUGCUCGAGCGCGGGCCCGACGCCUUCGUCGCCUCCGACGACCUGUUCAUCGAAGAGGGCAUCGCCUUCAUCAAGCGCAUGCUCACCCAGACCGACGACUUCCGCCUUAAGCGCCUCGACCAGGCCUGCACCAGCCUGCAGUCCUGGGGCAUGGUUGCCGCGCAGGCCGUCACGAGCGCCCUCGCGGCGAGGCCGGGGAAGUGAGGCCGAGGCAUUCGUUGCGGAGAGCAGCGACAGUUUUCUGCGUAGGGAGGGAUUCCUGGUGGAACUGGGAGGUUGAAUUUUCAAUGGGACAAUGGCUUGUAUUUGUUUGCGGCGCCUGCGGGGGAUGAUUAUUUAACGGUAUCAUUAUAUCUAUACAUCUAUAAAGGCAGUUAUCAUCAUUAAGGAACACGGAAUGGUCUUGACUUUGGCUUUGUCUCUUGAUCACUAAGUUACGUACGUAUAUAGGUAGGUUCUGUAUCUAGGUAGAUCCGACCAGCAUAUCAAAAU